AUGAGGGAGGAAAUAGUAGAUUGUGAAACAAGUGGGGAAAGUUCAACUUUUCUCACGAGUGAUGCAAACACACGAAUGGGUGAUACUAGUGACUUAGACAGACAAAUAGAACAACUGAAAAGAUGUGAGAUUAUAAAAGAAAGUGAAGUCAAAGCACUUUGUGCCAAAGCUAGAGAAAUAUUAGUGGAAGAAAGUAAUGUACAAAGAGUGGAUUCCCCAGUUACAGUGUGUGGAGAUAUACAUGGUCAAUUCUAUGAUUUGAAAGAACUAUUCAAAGUUGGUGGAGAUGUUCCUGAAACCAACUAUUUAUUCAUGGGGGACUUUGUAGACAGAGGAUUUUAUAGUGUAGAAACGUUUUUGUUACUUUUAGCUCUUAAGGUUAGAUAUCCAGAUCGCAUAACUCUGAUUAGGGGGAACCAUGAGUCUCGUCAAAUUACCCAAGUAUAUGGCUUUUAUGAUGAAUGUCUUAGAAAAUAUGGUUCAAUAACUGUUUGGAGAUACUGCACAGAAAUUUUCGAUUAUUUGUCCCUAUCAGCAAUCAUAGAUGGAAAGAUAUUUUGUGUGCAUGGAGGUUUGUCACCAUCUAUCCAGACCUUGGACCAAAUUAGGAUUAUUGAUAGGAAACAAGAAGUGCCACAUGAUGGACCAAUGUGUGAUUUAUUAUGGAGUGAUCCUGAAGAUGAAAUUGAUAAAGUACAGUUUGAAAUCAAGGCAGAUUACACUCCAGAUUAUAGAGUUAUACAAACCACAAAUGAACUUUGCUGUUACAUUCAAGCGGCGGCAGAAAGAAUUAAACUACCUAGUAAUGCUUCAGUAAAUAAUGAGAGUUCUAGUACUAGUGUUGGCAGUGGUGCACCAUCUUUACGUAGUUCUUUAAAAAUCCCAGAUGCUAAGCUACCAGAAUUUUACAGGGAAAUUCGUCAGUGGGAAACCUUUCACGCGGUUUAUAAGAAUACACAAGGAUGGGGUGUUUCACCUAGAGGAGCUGGAUACUUAUUCGGCUCAGACGUUGUUGCGCAGUUCAAUGCUGCAAAUGAUAUCGAUAUGAUCUGCCGGGCCCACCAACUUGUAAUGGAAGGAUUCAAAUGGCACUUCAACGAGACUGUUCUCACAGUAUGGUCUGCUCCAAACUAUUGCUAUAGAAAGAAAGAAAGAAAGAAAGAAAGAAAGAAAAAAAGAAAGAAAGAAAGAAAUAAACUUUAUUCACUACUAGAGAUUACAAUGCCCCUUACAAAGAAAUCCAUCAAGAGAAAGACAAGUAAGAAAAAACACUGGUUGAUCUCAGCAACAAGUCAAAAGAGUAUACAAAAAAGAAACAUUACUUAUAUGAAGACAAUCCUCGACAGAACGACAGAAAAACAUGUACAAACAUUAUGA